AUGAAUUCUCUUACACGAGUUGGGGGGCGAUUUCGCCCAGCAUCCCUACACUCAAUUGCUAUCGCCAAGCACCUCGAACAACGGGCAUGGAUUUCGCGUUCAGCAGUGAUGCCAGCGACUGCCAUUCAGGGACAAUCAGAGUCGACAUCAUUGACAGCGUCCGGGAAGACACGCCGCGAGGUCCCUCUGCCCAGCCAAGAGAAGAAGGAAGGCGCUAUGCAAUAUGCCUUGACGACGCUAGAUCAAAUUACGAACUGGGCUCGCCAAAGCUCCUUGUGGCCCAUGACAUUCGGUCUAGCUUGCUGCGCCGUCGAGAUGAUGCAUUUGUCUACCCCUCGUUACGACCAGGAUCGUCUUGGAAUUAUUUUUCGAGCUUCUCCCCGCCAGUCCGAUGUCAUGAUUGUUGCUGGAACCCUGACAAAUAAAAUGGCCCCCGCUCUGAGACAGGUCUACGACCAGAUGCCAGACCCUCGCUGGGUCAUUAGUAUGGGAAGUUGCGCCAAUGGUGGUGGAUAUUAUCAUUAUAGUUACUCUGUCGUGCGUGGCUGUGACAGAAUUGUCCCAGUGGAUAUCUAUGUUCCUGGCUGUCCCCCAACCUCCGAAGCUCUCAUGUAUGGGAUUUUCCAACUGCAGAAGAAGAUGCGACACACCAAAAUUACCCUCUUUUGA